CAGAUGGAAUACGGAGUUUUAUUUUCAAGUUGUAUAUGUCAGAGGCAAAACAAAACAUUUAUUUUUUUCUAUCAAAAUAUAUUUUAUUGUAUAUUUCUUACAAUAGUGCGUAAAAUUUAGUCAAAAAUUACGAACUUGUUGACUUGAUAUUUUUCAAAAAGGAACUAAUGCAGAAAAUACGUUCAUGUGGGACUCAUAAAUAAAUAACUGAAGAUGAAAUUGUAUUGUCUAUCCAGUGAACCAACCAAACCAUGUUUGGUUCUGAGCUUCAAAGGGAUUACACUAAUGUUAGACUGUGGUUUGAAUAUGCAAUCCAUAUUACAUUUUAUGCCUCUGCCCAUGGUCCCUAGUAGCAAAUUUAAUUCUUUACCAGCAUGGGUUCCACGUGACAAUCAGCAAGAUUGGCAACUUGAAGGAGAGUUGAAGGAAUGCUGUGGCAGGAUCUUUGUGGACUCAACUCCAGAGUUUUCUCCUCCUUUGGAGAAAAUAAUAGAUUUCUCUGAGAUUGAUGCUAUUUUAAUAUCUAAUUACACUUGCAUGCUUGCGCUCCCAUUUAUAACAGAAGGCACUGGUUUCAAAGGUAUAAUAUAUGCUACUGAGCCCACAUUGCAAAUUGGACGAUUUUUCAUGGAGGAAUUGGUGGAAUUUAUUGAGCAAACUCCAAAAACUACACUGGCCAAACACUGGAAGGAAAUGUUACAUGUGUUGCCAUGUCCAUUAGCAGAUGUAAUUAAACCAAAAUCUUGGAGACAUAUUUAUUCUGUGUCAGCUAUAAACUCGGCAUUGUCAAACAUCCAAUUAGUUGGAUAUGAUCAGAAAUUGGACAUAUAUGGCGCUUUAAUAGUGACUCCUAUCAGUUCUGGAUAUUGUUUAGGAAGCAGCAAUUGGUUGAUAUCUUCCGACCAUGAGAAAGUCGCUUUCGUUAGCGGUUCGUCCACGUUAACCACUCACCCAAAACCUAUGGAGCAAGCAACAUUGAAGAAUGCUAACAUGUUGAUAUUGACAGGUUUAACUCAAACGCCAACUGCUAAUCCCGAUACAAUGCUUGGAGAAUUGUGCAUGACCGUCGCUGUGACACUGAGAGCUGGGGGAUGCGUUCUGAUACCUUGCUAUCCUUCUGGUGUGGUGUACGACCUGUUCGAAUGUCUGAGCACGCAUUUGGACAAAUCGGGUUUUACUCAAGUACCUUUGUUCUUCAUUUCACCGGUGGCGGAAACGUCGUUGGCUUACUCAAAUAUACUCGCUGAAUGGCUCUCGACAAAUAAGCAAAACAAAGUUUAUCUUCCAGAGGAACCGUUCCCUCAUGCUUUCCUCGUGAAGAACGCCCGUUUGAAGCACUUCACAUCCACGUAUGCAGAAGGGUUCAGUAAUGAUUAUCGGCAACCCUGCGUCGUUUUCUGUGGCCAUCCCAGUCUUAGAUUUGGCGACGCCGUGCAUUUCGUGCAGCUGUGGGGCAAUAAUCCUUUGCACACAAUAAUCUUUACAGAACCGGACUUUCCAUAUUUGGACGCUCUCGCGCCGUUCCAACCGUUAGCAAUGAAAGCAGUACAUUGUCCCAUCGACACGUCUCUCAACUUUACUCAAGCUAACAAACUUAUACGGGACCUGAAGCCGGAACAUUUAGUCAUACCGGAGUGUUACACGCAACCCCCCUUAACAGCAUCACAUAGAGCAGACUUGGUCAUUGAACCAGUGGGAGAAAAACCUUUAAUUACAUUUAAACGCGGGGAAGUGAUAAAAUUGCCGUUAAAGCGGAAAAAGGGUCGCGUGUUCAUUGAGCCGGAGCUAGCAGGGAGCAUCGUGCCGAAUGAAAUACGUCCAGGUUUGAGUCUCGCCUCUGUCACCGGUGAGCUGGAAGUUAAGGAUAAUGUAUACACUAUUAAGGCUAUAGAAGAUAGAUCGAGUAUUAAAAGGAAGGCAUCGUCGAGUUCGCCAGUGCCUGUGAAGGAGGAAGUUCUUAAGGAGAGGAAACACGAAUAUGGAAAUUUAGACCCACAGGAGCUACUUCAGAAGCUCAGCCAAGAAGGAUUUCAGGGUGCUAGGUUGCAACAUACCCCUACUGCUACCAGCAUUCACUUGCAAGACGAAGAUACUCUAAUUCAGGUCGGAGACAAUUCUACACAUAUAUUCUGCAAUGGCGAUCAGAAAAUCCGCAGACGUCUGAGAACUAUAAUAAUGCAAUGUUUGAAAAGAUUUUGAAGUACGCUAGUCUUUAUAGUAUUCUAACAUUUUCAUGUAUAUUUUAUAUAAUGACAGACCUGACAUCAUAUAUAUACCCAUAUAUAUGUUUUGAAAAGAAAUUUGAAACGUCCUUUUAUACCCUUUUUAUUCUCAGCUAUUGACCAUUAAAAUUCCGAAUUGGCUACGAUCGGAAAAAUUUCUAUCUUAUUUUGUAACAUAACAUAGGAGAAACGUAAGAAUUUAAG